UAUUGGUCGGUCUCGUUCUAGCGCCAAGACUUGAAUAAAAAGGGCGAGCGUCCGGCGGCAGCCGCUUCAGUCUGUGUCCUCCGCCCGUGUCCUCCGCCCGUGUCCUCCGCCUCGCGUCUCUGCGUCUUUGCGUCUUUUUUAAGUCGUUAACUCGUCGUUGAAUUCUCCGUGUGAAGCAACAUGCUGAGUGCUCGCGCUCCUCUCUCCGUGAAGCCCGGGAACUCGGUGAGCGGGCAGAUGAGCAACAUGUCGCUGGACAAAGAAAACACGCCGCCGAGUCUCAACUCGACCCGCAUCUUGGCGUCUAGAACCGCGCGGAAAAUCUUCUCGGAGGCUCCGUCCAAAGCCGUGAAGAAGAGCGCAGCGCGGGAGGAAGAGGAGGAGCCUCUGCUGAAGGAAAAUCCUCGCCGCUUCGUCAUCUUCCCCAUCCAGUACCACGACAUCUGGCAGAUGUACAAGAAGGCCGAGGCGUCUUUCUGGACCGCCGAGGAGGUAGAUCUGUCGAAGGACCUGCAGCACUGGGAGUCUCUGAAGGACGAGGAGCGCUACUUCAUCUCUCACGUGUUGGCCUUCUUUGCCGCCAGCGACGGAAUCGUCAACGAGAAUCUGGUGGAGCGCUUCACACAGGAAGUACAGGUGACGGAGGCCAGGUGUUUCUACGGUUUCCAGAUCGCCAUGGAGAACAUCCACUCUGAGAUGUACAGCCUCCUCAUCAACACCUACAUCAAGGAGCCUGCAGAGAGAGAAUACCUGUUCAAUGCCAUCGAGACUCUGCCGUGUGUGAAGAAGAAGGCCGACUGGGCGAUCAACUGGAUCGGCAACAAGAGCGCCAACUACGGAGAGCGUGUGGUGGCCUUCGCCGCCGUGGAGGGAAUCUUCUUCUCUGGUUCGUUCGCGGCGAUCUUCUGGCUGAAGAAGAGAGGCCUGAUGCCCGGCCUGACCUUCUCCAACGAGCUCAUCAGCAGAGACGAGGGUCUGCACUGUGACUUCGCCUGUCUGAUGUUCAAACACUUGGUGAAGAAGCCGUCGGCAGAAACCGUCGCUGAGAUCGUCAGGAAUGCCGUGGAGAUCGAGCAGGAGUUCCUGACGGAGGCUCUGCCGGUGAAGCUGAUCGGGAUGAACUGCGAGCUGAUGAAGCGGUACAUCGAGUUUGUGGCCGACAGACUGAUGCUGGAGCUCGGCUUCUCGAAGAUCUACCGGGUGGAGAACCCCUUCGACUUCAUGGAGAACAUCUCUCUGGAGGGAAAGACCAACUUCUUUGAGAAGCGUGUGGGCGAGUACCAGAGGAUGGGCGUGAUGUCGGGCGCCACAGACAACACCUUCAGGCUGGACGCCGACUUCUGAGGACAGAGGUGGAGACACACUCACUCACGCACACACUCCAGAAGCUUCUGCGGGACCAAACACGCACAACUACACACUGACAAAAUCACACAACGUUAACUCUCAGGACGGCGGCGGCUCCGCGGGACGAUCGCUGAAAUGAGCGUUUCAGCCAAUCAGAGCGCAGCGGCCCGGAGUCGGUUCACACGCCGCGCCUCACUGUCAGCAGGAGACCUGGCGGAGGAUCCGAACUCCGGUUUUAUCAUUUUUUAA